AUGGUCGCCUCUCGAUCAAACGGCACCUGCCCGCAGGAGCGAGAAGCUCUGAGGCGUCUGGAGGGUCCGAUCCAUGCCGAAAGACAUGUCCGAGUAAUAUGUGUUGGCGCCGGCGCUUCCGGCCUGCUCAUGGCAUACAAGCUCCAAAAGCACUUCAACAACUUCAGUCUCACCGUCUACGAGAAGAACCCUGAGGUGGCCGGGACGUGGUACGAAAACCGGUAUCCGGGCUGCGCCUGUGAUGUCCCCUCGCACAACUACACGUGGAGCUUCGAGCCCAAGCUCGACUGGUCUGCCGUCUACCCGCCGGCCAAGGAGAUCUUCGAGUACUUCGACGGCUUUGCCAAAAAGUACAAUCUCGGCCAAUAUGUCAAGACUGAGCACGAGGUCAUCGGCGCCUACUGGGACCACAAGAACGGCGGCUACGAUGUCAAGGUCCGGGACGUGUCGAGCGGGACCGUCGUCAACGACCACUGCGACAUCCUCGUCAACGCCAGCGGCAUAUUGAACAACUGGCAGUGGCCCAAGAUCCCGGGCCUGGAGAACUACAAGGGCACGCUGCUGCACACGGCCAACUGGGACCCGUCCGUCUCCCUGGAGGGCAAGCACGUCGGCCUGAUCGGCAACGGCUCGUCGGGCAUCCAGGUGCUCCCGGCGAUCCGCGAGAAGUGCAAGAAGGUGACGACCUUCAUCCGCGAGCCGACGUGGGUGUCGCCGGUGCAGGGCCUGGAGCAGCACCUCUACUCGGAGGAGGAGAAGGCCGAGUUCGUCAACACGCCCGACGCGCUGCUCAAGUACCGCAAGAUCAUCGAGACGGGCCUCAACGGCAUGUUCGGCAUCUUCCUCAAGGGCAACAAGGUCAACAACGACACGCGCGAGUAUAUGCUCGCGCAGAUGAAGGAGAAGCUCAACGACCCCUACCUCGAGAAGAAGCUGAUCCCCGAGUGGAGCGUCGGCUGCCGCCGGCUCACCCCCGGCGUGAACUACCUCGAGUCGCUGACCAAGCCCAACGUCGAGGUCGUCUACGGCGAGAUCACCAACGUGACGGAGCGUGGCUGCGUGUGCGACAACGGGCAGGAGUACCCCGUCGACGUGCUCAUCUGCGCCACGGGCUUCGACACCUCGUUCAAGCCCCGCUUCCCCGUCGUGGCCCCCUCGGGCGAGAACCUGCAGGAGCGCUGGGCCGUCGACCCGGAAAGCUACCUCGGGCUCGCGGCGCACGGCUUCCCCAACUACCUCGUCUUCCUCGGCCCCAACUGCCCGAUCGGCAACGGGCCCGUCCUGUGCGCCAUCGAGGCCCAGGCCGACUGGAUGUGCAAGCUGGUGGACCGGUACCAGUCCAGCAACAUCGCGACGUUCGCGCCGACGGCCGACGCGGUCCGCGACUUCGUCGAGUACAAGGACUGGUUCAUGAAGGGCACGGUGUGGGCGGACCCGUGCCGGAGCUGGUACAAGCCGCGGCCCGACGGGCCCAUCGUUGCGCUGUGGCCGGGCAGCGUACUGCACUACCUCGAGGCGCUGCGCGACGUGCGCUUCGACGACCUUGAGGUCAGCUACGCCGGCAACCGCUUCGCCUGGCUCGGUAACGGCUACAGCCAGACCGAGCUGGACAACACGGCCGACUGGGCUUACUACAUCCGCGAGCGCGACGACGACCCGCCCCUCUCCACCGCCGGCCGGAGGAAGCUACUGUCCAAGAGCGGCACCGUCACGGGGAGGGAGAUGGUCCCCUUCAGCGGCGUCAGGGCCAAGGAGGAGGAGAAGGCUGUUGAGGCGAGGUUGUGA